GUUGUGUCCAGAGCUGACUCACGUACAACAGCAAAAUCCUGACAGCGUGACUGUUGUCGAAGAAGUGCCCACCAUGUUUCUCUACGAACCAGAAAGCAAGGGUGCCCGGAGUGGGGCUUUCAGUCAUCUCGGCCAAUCGCAUUCCGAGGACACUGAUGGCUCCGUCCUGGAGGAUGUUCGCAUCACGUUAGAUGAUGGCUCGGUCUACAACGGACAGUGCCGAGAUGGUGUUUUCAAUGGGGAGGGCACGCUGACAAUGCCAGACGGCGCCGUCUAUGAGGGCCAGUUCAAAAAUGGAAAAAAGCACGGUGUGGCAAAGUACACGUACGCAAACGGAGCCAUCUACGAAGGUGAGUACAAGGAGGAUGCCAAGGACGGAAAGGGCAGACUAAUCUGCGACGGCAUCGGCACAUUGGCGGAGGCCUCCACCUACGAAGGCGACUGGUUGAACGACCUGCAGGACGGCCAGGGUAUUGAAAGAUGGGGCGAUGGCUCUGUGUUCACCGGCUCUUUCAAAGAUGGCAGGAAACAUGGCCAUGGCAAGUUCAUGUGGGGCGAAGGCUGCAUGUACGAGGGAAGCUUCCUCAACAACGACAUGCACGGGGAAGGUCGCUACGUCUGGGCGGACGGCCGUCAGUAUAAUGGUGAGUGGGUAGAAAAUCAAAUGCACGGUCCUGGCACAAUGCGAUGGCCGGACGGUCGCAUCUUCGAGGGCGACUUCAGCCGCGGCAAGAAGGAAGGCGAGGGCACCUUGACAUGGCCGGACGGUCGUACCUACGAGGGCCAGUGGGCUUGUCCCUCAGUGCAGCUGCUAGAGAAUUAG